AUGUCUCAUGUGCUAACUGAUGAAGAGAUAUCACGCAUACUGAAUGAAAGUGAUGCAGAAUGUUCAAAUUCUGACUCUGAGGAUGACUUAUUUGCUGAAAUGAAUCAACAGCCUACGAUGUCAGACUUUGAAUGUGAUGCUAAUGACGAAAUACAGUCUCUAAACAUUGAAGAUGUAGCGAAUAGUGGUGUUAAAAAAUCCACAACAGGUUUGAGGAGGAGAGCUACUUGCAUGCCUGAGAUGGGCCCAUCUCUGAAGAACAAACAGGAAUUUGAUUCCAGUGGACCUAAAGGAAUACUGGAAUCUUUCGUGGAUUACUUUCCAGCUGAAUUUUGGGAGCUUUUGGUGUAUCAGACAAACCUGAAAUCUGUUCAGACUAGUUCACUUAGUUUGAAAACAACAAAAUCAGAAAUUUUGCAUUAUAUUGGGAUUGGAAUUGUCAUGGGGACUGUUAAGAUACCACAGGUAAAAAUGUAUUGGUCCAGCCUUCUCUGCUUUCCUCUCGUCACUGAGGCCAUGCCCAGGGAUACAUGUUACAAACUUAGAAGUAAUCUGCAUUUUGUUGAUAACCUAAGUGCUCGGGACCCUAAUUAUAAGCUGUGGAAAAUUUAUUCACUUGUUGAUGCAGUGAGAAAACAAUGCUUAACAUUGCCCAGAAAUUCACAUUCGAGUAUUAAUGAACAAAUGAUUCCUUUCUCUGGGAGGUGUGGUUUCACUCAGUAUGUUCCUUCUAAGCCUAAUCCACUGGGGUUAAAAAAAUUUAUUCUUGCUUCUAAUGACAGACUACUCCAGGAUUUCUGUAUUUAUGUUGGGAAGGGCACUGUUCCAGAAGAUGAUCUGAAGACCCUGUCCCUCAAGAUGGCUCUCAUGUAA